ACCACAAACUGAUUCAAACCUCAAACCACAUAAUCAAGCAAUGUCCAAAUUCCUUUUCUUGAUGGAUGCAAUAAAAUUCAAUCCCUUUGUAUUCCAAGCCCUUGCAACUUUCUUCCUCUUUUGGUUCAUUUACAAAUGGUUCCACAAGCCCAAUGGAGCCACGAAGCUGCCCCCAUUGCCGCCGACGCUACCAAUAAUCGGAAACCUCCACCAGUUUAGGUCAUUGCCUCACCGCGACCUCCAACGGUUGGCACGCAAAUACGGCCCUCUCAUGCAUCUCCAUUUAGGGAGCGUGCCAAUGCUCGUCGUGUCAUCCGGGGAAGGCGCAAAAGAAAUAAUGAAAACCAAUGAUCCCUCAUUUGCAGACAGGCCUCAAACAUGGGUUGCUAAGCAGCUGCUCUACGGCACACACGACGUGUCAAUGUCACCAUACGACCAAAAAUGGCGACAACGGAAGAGUAUUUGUGUCCUCCAGCUUCUCAGCAACAAAAGAGUCCAAUCUCUCCAUGCCAUAAGGGAAGAAGAAACUUCACUUCUGCUGAAAAAGAUUGAGCAUUCCUCCAGUGCCUUGAAUUUGAGCGAGAUGUUCGCCGAAUUCAGCAAUGCCAUGAUAUCUAGAGCAAUUUUUGGCCAAAAAUGUAGUGAAGGGGAAAAGGGCAAGAGAUUUGUAUCUUUAUUAAAAGAUGUGUCUUCUUCGGUUGGGACAAUUUAUGUCGGAGAUUUCAUCCCGUGGCUUUCAUUUUUUACUCGUGUAAAUGGUUUCAACGCGAAAGUGCAAAGAGUAGCGAAAGAGUUGGAUGAGUUCCUCGAGGGGGUGAUCCAAGAAAGGAUGGCAAGAACUCAAGAGGAGAAAGCAAAGGAUGACGGCAUGAACAAGUAUGGAGAAAAUUUUGUCGACAUUUUGAUCGACAUCUACAAAAAUAAUUCGUACGGAAUUUCCAUUAGCAAAGAAAAUGUCAAGGGAAUACUUAUGAAUAUGAUUGAAGGUGGAACUUACACCGUAUCCAUAGCUCAAGAAUGGAUGAUGAGUGAAAUUUUACGACACCCUGAGGUAUUGAAAAGAUUGCAGGCCGAAGUUCGGGGAAUCUUGAAAGACAGGGUCGACAUUACAGAUCAUGACUUGGAGAAGAUGACCUAUCUAAAAGCCGUGAUCAAAGAAACACUUCGACUGCACCCUCCUAUUCCAUUGCCUCUUCACAAGGCUAGGAACGACGUCAAGCUUAUGGGGUACGAAGUAUCAGCCGGGACAUGGGUGGCGAUUAAUAUUUUUGCAAUAGGCCGGGAUCCGAAGAUUUGGGAUGAGCCUGAGAAGUUUAACCCAGACAGAUUUUUAAAUUCUUCGAUUGAUUUUAAGGGUCAGGAUUUCGAGCUGAUACCAUUUAGCUCAGGGCGACGAGGGUGCCCGGGGAUUUCGUUCGCCAUGGCUAAUAUUGAGUAUACAAUAGCAAAUCUUGUCCAGAAAUUUGAAUGGAAAUUGGCUGAAGAUGGGAAAGAACUGGACAUGACUGAACGUCAGGGGUUACAUGUUGGAAGAGCUGUUCCUCUUCUUGCAUUGGCAUCCAAGUAUCAAUUUUAGCAUAAUUUACUUUGGAAUAAUUAAGGUGUGAUUUAAUCAAGGUAUUGAAUUGUUUGACAUAUUUUCAAUUAUAUGUUAGAUAUCUGCUUGCUUUCAAUUUAGAUUAAAUUUUCAUUAUCUGUUGUUAUUAUUUGCAUCGUUCAGUCUCUCACAUAAAAUGUAACAUGAUAUUAUGUUUAUUCAGAUACACUCG